GUCUGAGUUAGGUCCAUAACUGUUGCAGUCCCAGGUUGGAACAUUACCUCAUUCAACCUUCCCAGGAUACAGUAUAAAAGCCUUGGUAGGCUGAAGUUCUUCAGCUAGAAGUAAAUUGUCCAGAUAAGGUUAACAUCAGGAAGGAUACUACAAGACACAAUUGGCAAAAAUGAUUCUGAACGUGGAAGAAUUGGUAAAAAAAAAAAAAUUUCCUUUAUAGAAACCUUGUGGCAUUGUAUUAUUUUUUUUAUAUUUUUAACCAGAUUUAUUAAUUUAUGUGAUAUUAUUUUUAUUGUUUUCUAAUUUAAUUACAUGUUUUUGGAACUUUCAUAUGAUAUUACAAUACUAAUACCUGUGUGAUAAAUAAUCUCUAUUGAGAUAUCAUCAUUGUGAGAAUUUUGUGAAAUAAUUGCUUGAUCAAUGUAUUCUAGCCUGUAAAUUCAUACUAAUCUUGCUAAUUUUAUAUAUCAAUGAUAUAUUUAAAAUAUAAUUAGAGCAGAUUUGUUUUCUUCUAAUAUAUAACUGAUAGGAACAUAUGAUAAAAAUUAUAUUCAAGGUGCUUUUAGCCAAGACUCAGGUAUGCUCCAACUUUGAGGUGUAAAAUUGUUCGUAUACCUCUUUAUUUUUGGCUGACUGAAUUUUUGUGGUUCAUUGGUUCUUCUUUUAAGGAUCUUCCCGGCUCUUUACUAGAUUACUAAAAUAUAUAUUUAUGUACUGCUCAAUACAGGAAAACAUUACCUUAUUUCCUUUUUUUGGGCACAAAUGGAAAUUACUUCAAAAUGUGUUUGUUUUUUUGCUUUCUUUUGGAUCAUAACCAUCAACACAGAUUUGUGAAUGGUUGAUUUAAAAAAAAUAUAUAUUUGUUACAAAAUAAAUGUAUGACAAUUGGAUAAUUUUAAUACCUAGUAAAGUUGAAUGUGCCUUGCAGCAUAUGAUGGCUAUGUUUACCGAUAUUUUAAAUUGACGAGUUCAUUGAUGAUAUUACUUGGUCAUCAAUGAAGCCAAAAAAAAUUAUCUAAAUUUAUUUUUACCUGUUCAUUAUUCCAUUUUCUACUGCAAUCCUUGGUUAUGAUGUCUAAUACAUGGGAUGAUAAAUUGAUAGCUUUACAGCUGGUAUAACACACAAGGAGUGCCAAACGGUCUGUGACCAGCUGCCAUGAAAUCUGAUAUGAUAACUGUUACAAAUUGUGUUUAUAAACUCACCAAAUGUACAGUAUUGUCCAGGGGUGGCCAAAAGGUUAGCAGAGCAUCAUGGGAAAUGCAGUUCUACGGCAGCUGGGGAUAUACAUUUUGCCCCCUUUUAGUAUAGUCAGUUGGUAUGAAGUACUGAACAGGAUUUUCAUAAAUUAAGUUUGUAUAUAUUGUAGAAUCAUAUUUUUUUCUGCAUUCUUUGACUAUUUCUUUUUUCUAAAUCAAUGCAUUAUAUUUGACUGCAUAUUGAAUUUGAAAUAACAAUGAUGUUUGCUGUAUUCACAGGUGACCGGAAAGAAAAAUGAUAACAAUGAAUCUGUAAAUCUGACAGACGAAUUUAAAAAUGGCGUAUAUGAAACAGCCAAAACAUUAGAAAAACAAGAUGAUCUACGGACAACGUCAAAAUAUCUGAUUAACCAGGAAGAGGAGAAACAAGCUAAUGAAAAACGUCUUAAGGCUGAGGUGACUCUCCUUUAGAACCCCUCAUAAUAUUUAAACCAUAAGAUUCAUUUGGGGAUAGAAACAAGAAAAAUGUCUAGGCGCUUGCUAUAAGUGAUAAGUGUACAGGCAACAAUAAAUCAAACCAUUUGUAACAAAUAGACCAAAGAAAGAAAAAAACGAUAAUCCGCACCAAACUAGAGGCAGUAAAAUAGUUUAAUUACAGCAAUGCUAAUGAAAUAAAUAUUGUUAGCGUCUUCGGUGUAAAUGUGUCUCUUUCAGAAAUAUGAAUAUCUAGGCUGUGUGAACCCAGGGAGAAAUAUAUAGGUUUGUGUUAGUGUUAGUUCCCUUUUAAAUCUUCAAUUUAACUUGAAUCCUCAGUACUCAACUUAUUCAAGUGUAUCUAUAAGCAACCAAGAGAAUUUGCAAAGCUUGGUCACUUUGACAUUAUUAAAUAAUCGUGUCUAUUUUUCUAGAACACAAUUAUUUCCCAGUCUUUGAACAACUCAACACCCACAGUGUUAAAAGUGACAUAAUGAUAAUUGCAUUUGCUGAACAUUAAUCUUACAAUUCUAUUCUGGAAUUUACCAUUCUACAAUAAUAAUAAACUGCAUAUAAAGUUUUUCACGUACCCAUCUGUGACAAGUGCAAAAAUGGCAAUGUAUUAUUAUUAUUUUUUAUUUUUACCACUUGUUUAGCUUGUUAAGAAAAAAAUAGACCAAAGACCAAAGCUCGAGAGUUUGGAAGACCUCCAAAAUAUUAUCGAGCUUAAGAAACGAAAAAGAUGCAAGAAAGUAAAGGCGCCUGUGGUUAAAGAACCAGAACCGGAAGUAAUUGUAAGUGUGAAAAAAAGUAAUUCAUAAUGCUUAACAAAUAUUAGGAAAAGCCACAAAAUAGUUUAUGUGUUAAACAUUGAGUUGUGUUGAGCUCACAAGUAUAUUGCUCAUUUUAGACUGAAAUAGCUCAACUUUGUUGUGUUUAUAUGGAUUGAUUGUCUUCCUGUCACAACUCACUUUCCUGGCUAAUCAUGGCAGCAUCACAUAUGGGUAGCUCCUCCCUUAGCAGUCACAGGACAGGAUUUAGAUUAAUUAAUUAGACUGAUAGGUAUAAAGAGUCCCUCCUCCCCUUACACCACAGUCUACCAGAGCAUUGUCGACUUCAUGGGCUAAUUGGGCAGAGGUUCCAUACGAUAAUAUUUGCAGGGCAGCCACCUGGUCUUCCACGAUGACGUUCAUAACACACUACAAACUGGACGUGGCCUCUCCUUCCACCUCCUUGGGGAAGAGUGCUCUGUCUACAGUUUCUUUAUCCCAUUGAUAUUACAUUUCUUUGCAGCAUGAGAGUCUGUUUAAUGUCUUUUUUCGGUUUAUUUAUUCCCACCCUUCAUUUCUGUAAGCUUGGGUAUUACCCAUAUGUGAUGCUGCCAUUAUUAGCCAGGAAUAGAGAAAAUUUAUGACAAAUUUACCGUAAUUUUCUUUUCCUGGCUAUGUCUCAUGGCAGCAUCAGGGUUCCAGCCCAUUCUUUUGUUUUUUCAACUGUAAGGGGAGGAGGGACUCUUUAUACCUAUCAGUCAAAUUAAUUAAUCUAAUUCCUGUCCUGUGACUGCUAAGGGAGGAGCUACCCAUAUGUUAUGCUGCCACGAGAAAUAGCCAGGAAAAUAAAUUUACGGUAAGUUUGUCAUAAAUUUUCUCUAUUAUUGAAUAAGCCACGUUUUAUACUGAAUAUCACAACAGUAGCCUCAUGUCAUUUGUUGUUCUUAAAGGACCACUAUAGUGCCAGGAAAACAUACUUGUUUUCCUGGCACUAUAGUGCCCUGAGGGUGCCCCCACCCUCAGGGACCCCCUCCCGCCGGGCUCUGGGUAGAGGAAGGGGUUAAAAUCUUACCUUUCUCCAGCGCCGGGCGGGGAGCUCUCCUCCUCCUCUCCGCCUCUUCUCCUCCUCUUCGCUGAAUGCGCAUGCGCGGCAGGAGCUGCGCGUGCAUUCAGCCAGUCUCAUAGGAAAGCAGUCUCCUAUGGACGCUUGUGUCUUCUCACUGUGAUUUUCACAGUGAGAAGCAUGCAAGCGCCUCUAGCGACUGUCAAUGAGACAGCCACUAGAGGCUUUAGAGGCUGGAUUAACCCAUUUAUAAACAUAGCAGUUUCUCUGAAACUGCUAUGUUUAAAAAAAGUGGGUUAACCCUAGCUGGACCUGGCACCCAGACCACUUCAUUAAGCUGAAGUGGUCUGGGUGCCUAGAGUGGUCCUUUAAACUAUGCAGUUGCAUUCCAUCCUUAAAACAGUUAACAAGGAACUUUGUGAAGUAAACAUUAGCUGACUGGCAGAUUAUAUAGAACAAUUAGUCAUCUAUGUAAACCUGGAAAUAUUUAUUUAGUUUAUAUUUUUUUAGUAUUCUUUUUUUGGGGUCGGGCAAUGAUACUUACCUUUUCUAUUUUUCUUGUAAUAGUCCUUCACCCCUUCUUUAACAAAGCCAAUGUUUGGUACUCUGCAGUGUUCCUCUAUGUUCUAAGUUGGCAUUUUGGGACAGUACCUCUAAUUUUAACUGUGUUUCAAAAGCAAUCUUUGUAUCUAGCUGAAGACUCCAGCUCAGGACCCCUAGCAGUAGAAUCUCUAUUGUGUACAGAUAUCUGAGUAAAAAAAACUAAAGUUUGAUGACCUGUCUGAGAUGUGCAUUGGUGUUCAAUUUUGAGUCUGUCUAUUCAAUUCAGAAGGCAUACUACCUGCUCAAAUUAGAGAGUACUAGUCAGUAUUGUUAAAGGUGUCAUGUCUUGUCUUAGAUUGAACAUGUGGACGAAGAAACAUUCUUCAAAGCAGCACUGGACAAUAAGAUGACAAUUAUUGAAAAAUACUUGGCAGAUGGUGGGGAUCCAAAUACUUGUGAUGAGGUAUGACUGCUUCUCUCUUCCUCUACUAUACAUCUAAUUGUGAUAAACUGACAACAGAAAAAGAAAAAUAGCUGAUAUUUAGAAGUGUUUCAGUUUUUCUCUGUUGGUUUACAUUUUCAUGAAUACAUUUCCAAUUCACCAGCAACUAGCUCAAAUAAUAUCCUGGAAUUUACGGUAACAGUCAAGCCAUAGCCUAAGUUGUAAUGAUAUAACAUUUCCAAAAUUCUAUGUAGUAUUUCUAUGUGGAAUGGUAAGCUGAACAUCCCUAAAUACAGACUUAAAAUACAUCACUAUAUGGUGCGUCUUCUGGGUUCAAAAUUAAAAAUAUUGAUUUGUAGUUAAAUCAAUUUGACAAAUUUAGGUGAUUUUGAACUAAAAUGUGUAAUAUUCGUAUCCGUAUAAUUUCCAGCUUAGUGAAUAAACUCACAGGAAAUAGUGUAUACCACGCCCAGAAUUAGAUGUGCAAGAAAUAUACGUACAUAAAUCUUCAGAUGGAAUAAUACUGUAGACCUCAGAACAACAAGAACGAAUACAAUAAUAGUGCAAUACAGUAUAAUAAAUAUUAAUCAAAAUAAUGGCUCUGUGUAGGAUCCACUCACAUUUUUGAGCUAUCUUAGAGCUCUGCUGUGUUGCGCAUGGACGGUAUAAUCCCUGUCUAAAGAUAUGUGGUGAUGUUAGCAAUACAGGUGCUCCAAAUACAAUGCAGCGUGCGAGGUAUAUAUGGAACCAAAUACACAAAGGAGAAAAAUCCAAUGGUGAAGUAAGUACUUGUGAAUAAAAAGAAAAUAAGGUAAUGUACUUACAUUUCACAGAGCAGAACUUGUGGAUCAUACACAGAGCCAUUAUUUGAUUAAUAUUUAUUAUACUGUAUUGCACUAUUACUGUAUUCUUUCUUUUUGUUCUGAGGUCUACAGUAUUAUACCAUCUGAAGAUUUACGUACAUAUAUUUCUUGUACAUUUAAUUCUGGGCGCGGUAUACGCUAUUUUUCUUUUGCUAUUUUUUUCACUCACGAGGUAUGGGAAUCCUUGUACUGUGUACUGCAGCCUACAGAAGACAUCCAUUUAUUACGCUACAGUGGGCGCCUAUUACCCAUGCUGUUCAAUAAACUCACAGGGUUGUUCACUAAAGUGUAAACUGUCAGUAAUUCUAAGGGGAUGUAGAAUGAAUUUCAAUUUUUAGGUCAAAAUAACCAUAUUGGAAAAAAUACUCGAAGUCGGGCAUAUUUUCAGUAUACAUUUUAGUGUGUAACCCAGCCAAUUGUAAAGUUUGGGAUAUAUUGGGAAGUCGUCAUAAAAUUCACAUCAUUUUAAAAAGAAACAAAAUGUAAAUAAAAUGAUUACAAAUAUAUAUAUAUAUAUAUAUAUAUAAUGUUUUUUUUUUUUUUACAGUAUCACCGCACCGCUUUGCAUAGAGCUUGCUCUGAAGGACACAUGGCGAUUGUGGAGAAGUUACUUGAAGCUGGAGCAAAAAUUGAGUUUAAAGACAUGGUAUGUUGUAGAUAUGUGCAAUUCGUUUCAUUUCGAAUUGAAUUUCGGACACAAUUGGAAGCGUUCUAUAAUCCAUAAUGAAUUGAAACGAAUAGUUUUGUAUUCGUUUGUUUUGAUAAGGGUAGCAAACUAAGACGUAAUCAACCAACAAAUUAAUGAUUAAAAAUUAAGAAAAUUGAUUUACUUAGUUGUGAUCUUUCAGCUAUUUAGAAGAUAGCUCCUUAAUUUGGUAUAAAUAUGACAAUCCAAAGUAAGGAUAGCAAAUUAGAGAGUUAUCGAAUAAACAGCUGAAAGAUCAAAAGUACAAAAAUUAGUUUUCUUAAUGUUGAUCUUUCAGCUGUUUAGCAGAUAGAUCCCUAAAUUGGUACUGUAACUUUUGGACUGUCACUGUCAUCAAUUUCAUGUAGGGAAUAAUGGGCAUCCAAAUUUUGAAAAUUAAUGAAAUUUCCAGAUAAAAUUUGGUUCAUCCAAAACUAUAUUUUCUGCAUUUCGGAGGAACAAUUUAACAAAAUUGAAAUGAAACCAUUUUUUUCCCCAUGCACACCUCUGGUAUGUUGAUAAAUCUAAUUUGUGCCAAAGGAACACUUGUGCUAUAGUGGUUAUGGUGACAGGAGUGUCCUGGAGUCCCCUACGUGUAAGUAGUCAAACUACCAAUGGUUUGACAACUUACCCAGUGUCUGUCAGGUGCUCAUGGAACAACUGCUUUGAAACUAGCCCUUAGUUAUCAUACAGUUUUUAAGCCUUUCUCAAUUCUUCUCCCAUGGUGAGAUAAGAAAAAAGUACAGGCUUAUUCAAUAAAAAGGCAAAUAUAGCUAUUUUGAAAAAAUUCUUCAACUCAGUCAUGGUCAAACCUGGCUAGGUUUUUCCAUUUGAAUACAGUUAGUGAACAUUUGGAGUUUAGUGAAUAACCCUAUUAGACCACUGGUGGAUAUAGAAGGUGUGUUAACAAGUAGUAUGCUCUUCUGUUCUUGGUCAAUGGUUAAGGGAUUAAGUGUUGCCCAGUUCUUUUCGAAUUGGAGAAAUCAGAAUAACUUAGACCACAGGCAGUCACCGAGGGUAUGCUAUUACGAUACUUUGGAGCACCGGGAUUCACUCCAUGUCAGUAUACGUGAAUUCCUUAUUGAGUUUUUAUUUCAGUGUCUAUACUAUGAAACCCAGAUUAGACAUGUAAACAAAUCUGUUCUAUUUGCCAAGCUAACCAAAUUCAACAGUCCACAUUAUACCAAUCCCAAUUUGUUUUCUAUGUAUAGCAAGCACAAACUGCUGGUUUAGUAUUUGAGUCUUCUGAAAUGAAGAUGCAUUUUAAUGCAGGGAGGAUGAAAUACAAGACAAUAUUUUUAACAGUAUGUAUUUUUGCUAUUUACACUAUUGUUGCUUUGACCUCUGUUGACAGCUUGAAUCUACAGCACUCCACUGGACUUGCCGCGGAGGAAGUGUUGAAACUCUAAAAUUCCUGCUUAACAAAGGAGCAAAUAUUAAUGCCAGAGACAAGGUACUUUUAACAGAAAAAAAAUAAAAUUAUAUAUAUACAUAGUGACGGAAUAGCAACACUCACAGGACUUCCAAAUGUGAAAAAUGUUUUGUUAUUCAUGCCCCAGAGAAAUUGUGUCAACCCUAUAGGGUUGAUUAUGACCUUAUAGGGUACAAACAUUGACUUUUUGGAAGGGCAUGAAAAAUUUAAUAUUUUCAAAAAUGGAAGUCCUGUGCUGUCAUUUUUUCCACUAUGUUUCUAUGUUUUGAAAAGUGCUGGAGGCCUUUAUAUAUAUAUAUAUGGCAGGUUAGUCCUUGCACUCUGAUUCAUCCUAUAAAGUAUUAAUACCAGGUGCUGAAACAGCCAAAGCAAGAAUAUACCAAAGUAAAAUAAAAAAAUGGGCUAGCACUCACGGUCUUGUAGAAAGUAGUAGAAAUCUUUAUUUGGAGUUAUUCCAUAAAACCUAAAAUCGACGUUUCAGCCCACGUCCGGGGCUCUCCUCAGGAUGAACAAAAAAUAAAUAAAUAAAUAUAUAUAAUGUCCAAAUCCUCAUAGUUUCAAUACAAGAGAGGUAACAGUCUGAAAUCUCAAUGGCUAAAGGGAUGAGCAAUGUGCCACUCAGCCUCCUGUCACUCAGAGAUCUAAAUUAAAUAGAAGGCUUCAUCAGCAAAAUCUCAGAUUAUAAAUAUAAUGGUUGCUGGGGAUGGAUUGCCAGAAACAGACACAGCAGAUUAAUGGCAUAGUAUGGCAAGCUUUGCAUGAUAUUUAACAGUGUUAGUGCAAUUCUAGUCCGGGCACUGAAAGGGUCAAGCAACGGGUAUUUAAAUAAAAAAAAGAUUUAUUUUUUUGUUGUAUUGAACAGAAAAAUGAAAAAUAGUAUAAUGUGCAUUAGUCACUAAUUUGGUUUUAUUUUUUUUCUCCUGUUAGUUGCUCAGUACGCCCCUCCAUGUUGCAGUUAGAACAGGACAGUAUGACUGUGCAGAGCAUCUCAUUGCUUGUGAGGCAGACUUAAAUGCCAAAGACAGAGUAAGUAUUGUGAAUGGAUUUUUGUUUUUUAUAUUAUCUAACAGGAUGCCAACGGUGAAUUGCAACACCACAACAAUCUUUUUUUUUUUUUAUUUGACAUCAUUGACAUCCUCCCUCGUUAAAUCCAUAGUCACUAUGCUUUGCUGAAAUAAAGUAAUUGAUCCAUAUAAAACUAUAUUAUAUUGCACAUAUUUAUUUAUUUAUAAAAUAUUUUACCAGGAAGGAUACAUUGAGAUUUCUCUCCUUUUCAAGUAUGUCCUGGGUCAUACUUAUGUAAAAAUGUAACCCAUUGAUCACUGAAAAGGACUGAAAAUGACACGAGGCUGUAAGAUGAAAAGAGCUAAUCUUGUCCUUUUAUUUAUCUCAAUAUUUUGUUUCAGUUUUGCUGUUAUACCCUAUAUUAAAAUUCUAUAGCACUGUAGAAUAUGUUGGUGCUAUACGAAUGCCAAUAAUAAUAAUAAUAAUAAAACAUCUGCUAUUGUUUAGUGUUUUAAGCACAAUGAAAUCAAUGCACCAAGUAAUAAGUCAGAUAAGUAAUUAAUAACCCUUGUAUUAAUUAUCAAACCGUGUUGGAUUGUGUUCUCUUGGCAGGAAGGAGAUACCCCAAUGCACGAUGGGGUUAGACUAAAUCGCUACAAAAUGAUGAGACUCUUGAUCAUGUAUGGAGCCAACCUAUCCAUGAAAAAUUGUGUAAGUUACUCAAAAUAACAUGCAAUCUACUUUUAUUACCAUUUUGUUUGAAAGUGCUUUAUACCAUAAUCAAUAACCUGAUCAAUACAUUGUAAUAGCAGAAUUUUAUUUCAUAUGCGCAUCAAUAUUAGAAACUAAAAGGGAUAUUCGAUAAACUGAGAAUUUGUUAGGAAUUCAAAGUGAAUGUAACUUUUAAGGCCAAAGUUGCCACACAAGAAGCAUAGCUGACUUGGAGCUCCAUGCCCCCCCCUGCACAAGUUUUUAAAAUUAACUUAUAAUUCUCACCUUAGUAAAUAAACCUGACCCCACAAAACACCAUAUGUAGACAUACAUCCUCAGAGCAGGAUGGCAGCAUAGGGCAAAGUAUGAGACAGAGUCCCCAUUCACCAUUCAUUUGUGACAAAUUUAGUAACACGACGUUGGUCCUGUGAGAACUUAAUAUUUCUUAGUAAAUCCUCCAUUGGAGAAUAGUUUGCACGUGGUGCUAGAGAAGACUCCACUGUGCCAAAUGAAUGCUGUUGUGGUAGGCAUCUUUGCUUGUUUAUGUCACGUAUUCAUCCGCCUAUAGAAAUGUGGUUAAUGACAUUUACUGUCCACACAGGAAAAGUUGUGCCGAACAGCAACCUAAUCCACAGAAGGGUUAAUGCUGAGCAGCAAUUAUGCAAAUGAAACCUGGUAACUGACUUUGGGGUCAAAGGUCGGUUAGGGGCUCUCAGUUUGUGUCCAGGUUCUGGAGGGCGUUCAGUAAACAAUUGGGGAUUUAUCUCUCCUUCUCCUCCUCCUACUAUCCUCAGACCAAUGGUACAGCUGAGAGGGCUAACCAGUCAUUAGAAGUUUAUUUGCGUUGUUUUAUUAAUAGCACACAAGACAAUUGGUCCGAACUACUCCCGUGGGCCGAGUUCGCUAGAAACAAUGCUGUUCAUGACUCCUCUGGGCACAGUCCAUUUUUUGUCAAUAAUGGUAGGCAUCCUACGGUUCUCCCUGCGGUAUUUUCUGAUACUGCCAUUCCUGCUCUGGAUGAGCGUCUGGCCUCCAUUCGGGAUACCUGGGUUAAGGUUCAAACUGCUCUAGGGGCUGCUGCUGAACGCUUCAAACAUUUUGCUGAUAAGCGUAGGAGUGCCAACCCGGUGUACCAAGUGGGGGACCGGGUUUGGUUGUCAUCUCGCAACAUCAAGCUUAAGGUCCCUAGCAUGAAGUUUGCCCCCAGAUUCCUUGGUCCCUAUAGAGUGCUUCGUAGGAUCAAUCCAGUGUCUUACUCUCUGGCUCUUCCUGCAUCUUUAGGGAUUCCCAACACUUUUCAUGUGUCCUUACUCAAACCUCUUAUCUGCAAUAGAUAUACUGUUCCUUGUGUUCCUCCCCCUCCGGUGGUGGUGGGUGGUCAGGAAGAGUAUGAGGUAUCUUCUAUCGUGGAUUCUAGGUUUUCUCGGGGCACUUUACAGUACUUGGUUGUUUGGAAAGGUUACGGUCCUGCUGAUCGUUCUUGGGUUUCGGCUCCUGACCUGCAUGCGGGCCGUAAGAUCCGCGCUUUUCACGCUAAAUUUCCUCUCAAGCCUGGUCCUGUCCGCCCGGUGGGCGUUCUUCAGGUGGGGGGUAAUGUCACGUAUUCAUCCGCUUAUAGAAAUGUGGUUAAUGACAUUUACUGUCCACACAAGAAAAGUUGUGCCGAGCAGCAACCUAAUCCACAGAAGGUUUAAUGCUGAGCAGUAAUUGUGCAAAGGAAACCUGGUCUCAUGUAUUCAUCCGCUUAUAGAAAAGUGGUUAAUGACAUUUACUGUCCACACAGGAAAAGUUGUGUCGAGCAGCAACCUAAUCCACAGAAGGGUUAAUGCUGAGCAGCAAUUAUGCAAAUGAAACCUGGUAACUGACUUUGGGGUCAAAGGCCGGUUACAGCCUAUCAGAAAGAAAGGAGGGGUAUUUAGGCCCAGUUCUCAGCCUGCUCAGUGCCCUGUCGUGGUUUCCCUUGUGGUUGUCCGAGAGCGCGUUCCUGUUUAUAGUUUUCUACCUGGUUUUUGACUUUGGCUUUGUUUAUUGACUUCUCUAUAUUCUGGUAUCCUGACUCCUGGCUUUCCUCAUCGCUGUGUCCCUUUCUGUGUUCCCUGACCUCGGCUAGUAUUUUUGACUAUUCUUUGUACGUUAAAUCUGGCCAUUCUAAGGACCGGUAAUACGUUACUUAUUGUCAUCCGUGCUGUACAGUUCUACGUGCUGGAUCAAACAGUAAUCCUGACAGUUUAACUUCUACAAACUAUUUCUAUGCUCGGCAAUGUACAGAGGGUUAACGGUAUGAUCAUAUUAGGGAUCAUAGCGGAGUUUGUAUUUCAAACACCCUUGCAUGGGGCAAAUGGGGACCAAUUAAUUUGGGAGUCAGGCUUGUGUAAUAAGGCACAAAUGUGGGAAAUAAUGACAAAUAAAAAUGGAACAGUCUUUUGUGGAUGCAAGUUUUUGAAAACAAGUAAUGAGAGAGAGAAGAAAAAUGUCCAAGUAGGCAUGUUUUCAAUCAAUGAUAUAUGUAGUUUGGAACAGUGAAUUGUUGGGACUUAAGGGAAUUUUAGAUUUUUUUUUUCAUGCCACAAUGAUCAAAUUGGGGGAAAAUAUCAGUCAGCUAUUUUAUAGUUUAUCUAUUUUUAGACUUACAUUUUAAUUGUCCUAGUUAUCUCCUGACAAGUUCAUAAAUACUUAUUUUGUAGAAACGAAGAUUAUAAAUUGGAAGGUAGUUUACCAAUACUUAUUAUAUACAUUGUGUGUUUUAUUCUGAACAUAAAAUAUAAAAGAAUACUACAAUAGUUCGGGAUAGACAUUGUUUUAAAAAGAUAAUACUACACAAAUUAGGAAUGAACAUGAAUUUAAAUAUGUCAACAUAAAAUGCUGAGAAAAUAUGGUUUGAAAUUAAUAGAAUUUCUGUUUUAAUACUUUUAACAGGCAGGAAAGACUCCAAUGGAACUAGUGCUACAGUGGCAGAAUGGUGUAAAAGAGGUCUUCAAUGGUCUUCAGGAUAAGUCGUACAAGAGCACUCACAUUGACAAAUUCUAAAGGAAUGACAAAACACUCUCUCGCAACCAAAAUACUUUAGAGGCAUUGAUGCACCUUUCCUUUUUUUCUUUGCUUCAUUGUGCAAUUCAGCUUUGAUAAGACUAUUCCAUUUAAUAUUUAUUUUAAAGACAUAAUUUAUUGCACUUAUUUAUUGAUUUUUUAAAAAUGUGUUUGUAUUUAACAUUUGUAAGCAACUCAGUAUUGUAUUUGUGCUUUAUACUAAUUCCAUAAGAUGAACUAGUAUUUUCAGCCAGUGAAAUGUUGAUGGUUAUAUAGCUUUUGUAUAUAUUAGGUUUUUUUUGAACUGAUUAAGGUUGGCAUUGUAGCAGGAUUGGUGGAAUUUGAAGGACCAUGCAUGCUGCACGUAACAUGUUCGGAGGCUUAUUUGUGCACUUGCUUAGAUGAAACAAAAAUUGCACACCUAGUGAGAUCAAAACUGAAAAUAGGACAGGCGCUGGGUUCAGCAAUUUCAUCAGCAUUUGCCAUUUCAAGUGAGCAAACCUUACGUGAGCACUGCAGUCGGCUAUACCAAUAGCCAGAUGAACUGCAUGGUUCUUUCGUAGCUUUGGGUUUCUGAUGCUACAAUUGCGAUUAACAUAAUGUAUGCAAGGCAUGCCAGAUGAGUCUUUCCUGGCUGUAUGUAAAUUAAGGCAGCUUUGCUGUAGAGGAAGGACCUACUGCUCACUGAAGAGCAAACUGGACUCUGAUCUGGCAAAGUUGCUAGGACAUAAAACAAGGGAUUUAAGAAAAAUUGAAGGAUUAAUGAUAAAGUGAAUAAAGCUUGCACAAUGGUUACAGUGUUAUUAGACCAGUUAACCAGUAGGCCUUUUAUAAAUGGGCAAAGUGCUAAAUAUGGAACAGACAGACGGCUCAUUCCGUUGAUUUCCAUGGCAAUUGUCGUUUGUACAUAUGGCCUUAUUUAUUGGAGAUGUAUUUAAACAGUGGGAAACACUAAUUCUACUAUACACGUUCUCCUGUGCAGGCUACAACAUAAUUCAUCAGCUCUAAUACAUUGUACUAGAACAUGAUGUUAUGUGACUAAAUGCAGGACAGGUGCGAAAGCAAGGUAUCGAUCACCUGUCUAGCUUAUUCUAUGAAGACUGGUCUGAAUCUGAAGUUGUAUGUAAUGAGGGCAAGUGUAUGAACAUGAGAAUAGAUCUGAGGCAAAUGGAAAGUUCAAACAACGUGAUGUCUUUUUAUACAUUUGUAUGUAUUUUCUGUACAUUUUGUAUUGAAUACACGGAUUUACACGUAAAUGACCUAUUUAUGACUUUGUAAACUGUAUUGUAUAUAAGCACUGUAAGAAAAAUAUGGAUUCUAACAGUUUGAAAAACAGAACAAUGUGACUUGAGAACAGAAUAUGACAGUUUGCUACAUUUAUUAAGUACAUGUUAUAAUGGAUAAGAUCAGAGUUUAACGUGUGCCAUGAAUGCGAAAAGGAGUAUAAAUACACUUCUCAUUGGCAUCAUAUAAUGCAUACUUGUAAAUCUAAAAUUGUACCUACCGACCAUUGGGCAUUUCUUUGAAUUGUGGUAUUAAUGUGUCUAUGUAGGAAUUAUUUGCAGGAUGAGCUGUAGAGACCAGUACAAGUUAGAUGGUUUUGCAGUGGUUAUGAGCUGCCAUCUAGUGGUGACGAACUUGUAAUUGGUUCCUGCUCUCCAGAAUGUCUUCAAUGACAGUAUUACGCAACUCUAUACUAUAAAGAGAUGUAAACACUUUGUGAAUGGGUUAAGUGUCACUGUAAUGUGAUGACCUACCAUUCUUUAAAAAUACGAACACAGAAAGUGGAAAUUGUUACACGUGCUAUAAUGGGCAAUAUAGCAGGUUUUAAAGUGUGUAAUAAUACACACAAAGCCAAACAGAAUAAUUUUGUUUGAAAUCAACAGUUUUAAAGGAAUACUUUAAUUUCCUGUUUUGUCAGAAAAAUACUCUGUAGACGGAUAUUUGAACUGUUUAAGAAAUAAACAAAGUUAUACUGAAACUUAUGUGCAUUUUUUUUUUUUUUUAAAUCGAGGCAAACAGUUAUA